AAAAUACUUUUAUACUAAAUCGGUAUUAAUAUUUCCGCCGAUUCGAGGACGAGGACUACAAUUUUCUAAAGAAGGGUCACUACUCAGUCACUUACUCUUAUGCAAUUUAUAUAAAUAUUGAUUUAGAAGACCAAUUUUCCCCUAAACUGGAGGUAUAAUAUGGCAUCAUCUUCCAUGUUUUCUGCUUGGACCAUGAAUGGGAAUGCACUUGCUCCUACAGUUUCAACGAUCAUCAAUGAUUGUUCGAAACAAACAUACAAGUCUCUGUCCAUAUCUGCAUCUGCCGACAUUUCGCAUUCGUCUCUCAGGAGAGGAGUCGAAUGCAGAGCGCUGAAUGGUGAGAGGAAACCUUCCUUUUCACUGGGGAGUAAGUUUCAACUCGAAGAUGUCAUUGAAGCUCAGCAGUUCGACAGAGAUAUGCUCAGUGCCAUAUUCGACGUGGCACUGGAGAUGGAGAAGAUUGAGAAGAACUCUACUGGAAGUAACCUUCUUCAGGGGUAUCUAAUGGCUACCCUAUUUUAUGAGCCCUCAACCAGAACUAGGCUUUCAUUCGAGUCGGCUAUGAAACGUCUGGGGGGAGAAGUGUUAACCACAGAAAAUGCACGAGAGUUCUCAUCUGCAGCAAAAGGGGAGACGCUUGAAGACACCAUAAGAACAGUUGAAGGCUACACGGAUAUCAUAGUGAUGAGGCAUUUUGAAAGCGGUGCCGCAAGAAGGGCCGCAGCUACAGCCACUAUCCCGAUUAUUAAUGCUGGAGAUGGUCCUGGACAGCAUCCAACUCAGGCUCUCCUUGACAUGUACACGAUUCAACGAGAGAUAGGAAAACUUGAUGGAAUAAAGGUCGGGCUUGUGGGAGAUCUUGCUUACGGGAGGACAGUCCGCUCACUUGCCUAUCUUCUGGCCAAGUACAAAGAUGUCAAAAUUUACUUUGUCUCACCAGAAACAGUGAAAAUGAAGGAUGACAUAAAAGAUUAUCUAACAUCCAAAGGCAUUGGAUGGGAAGAGAGUGAUGAUCUGAUGGAGGUGGCUUCUAAAUGUGACGUGGUAUAUCAAACCCGUAUUCAGAAGGAGAGGUUUGGAGAGAGAAUCGAUCUUUAUGAAGAAGCUAGAGGCAAGUACAUUGUGGAUGGGGAUGUAUUGAGAGCGAUGCAGAAACAUGCAGUCGUGAUGCAUCCUCUACCACGUCUUGAUGAGAUAACUGUGGACGUCGAUGCGGAUCCAAGGGCUGCUUAUUUCAGACAAGCCAAGAAUGGCCUCUACAUUCGUAUGGCCCUUUUGAAGCUAUUGCUUCUUGGCUGGUAAAAGAUGUAAGGAUUUGUUGAGGAAUCUAUUUCAAUUUUCUCAUUCUCUCACUUUUUUUGUUUGGAAGUUGAGAUUAUGCCAAGGAUUCAAGAAAUGUUGGCUUGUGAUUGUUGAGAUAUCAUGGUAUUAUUUGGGCGUACACAAAAAAAAGUUGUUAUCAUAUGAAGUUCACAAUCUC